AUGAUCUCAACAACUACCAUCUCAACACUAGCUCAUAAACCAACAACCUACACCAUCACUUCCAAUCACCAUGUAACCACCUCAAACCACCUUCACUUCCAACCACCCUUCACUCAACUCACACCAUCAUCACUUCCAACCACCCCUCACUCAACUCACACCACCUUCACUUCCAACCACCCUACACUCAACUCACACCACCAUCACUUCCAACCUCCCUUCACUCAACUCACACAACCUUCACUUCCAACCACCCCUCACUCAACUCACACCUCCAUCACUUCCAACCACCCUACACUCAACUCACACCACCUUCACUUCAAACCACCAUACACUCAACUCACACCACCUUCACUUCCAACCACCAUACACUCAACUCACACCAUCAUCACUUCCAACUACUAUACACUUAACUCACACCACUAUCACUUCCAACCACCAUACACUCAACUCACACCACCUUCACUUCCAACCACCAUACACUCAACUCACACCACCUGCACUUCCAACCAGACUACACUCAACUCACACCAUCAUCACUUCCAACCACCCCUCACUCAACUCACACCACCUUCACUUCCAACCACUCUACACUCAACUCACACCACCAUCACUUCCAACCACCCUUCACUCAACUCGCACCACCUUCACUUCCAACCACCUUCACUUCCAACCACCCCUCACUCAACUCACACCAUCAUCACUUCCAACCACCAUACACUCAACUCACAUCACCUUCACUUCCAACCACCCUACACUCAACUCACACCACCAUCACUUCCAACCUCCCUUCACUCAACUCACACAACCUUCACUUCCAACCACCCCUCACUCAACUCACACCUCCAUCACUUCCAACCACCCUACACUCAACUCACACCACCUUCACUUCAAACCACCAUACACUCAACUCACACCACCUUCACUUCCAACCACCAUACACUCAACUCACACCAUCAUCACUUCCAACUACUAUACACUUAA